AUGGAUUUGGUGUCGUCCAUCCUGUCCACGCUCUCUCUUCCUCGGAUCUCCGUCCACGCUCCUGAUCCUCCUCCUCUCUCUCCAUCCUCCCCUUCUCCUCCUCUGGCUCAGCACUCUGAUGCUCUGUGUGGCAGCUGCCCGUCUGGUUCUGCCCCACAGUCUAGCAGCCUGUGGCCCAGUCUGCCCCCGUCUGGUUCUGGUUUCCCUGCGUGGCCCGGUCAGCCCACCCAGCCUGCCCCCUGCUGGACCGGUCAGCCCAACACACCCUGCUGGCCGGCCACACAGCCGGUGUCGGUUCCGGCUCCCACUCAGGUCAUAGCUCCGGCUCCCACUGUGGUUCCGGCUCCGAUCCAAGUUCCAGCUCCAGCUCCGGUGAAUCCCUGUCAGCCAUGCUGGCCAAACACCCAGUACCAGCCUGCCCAGCCACCAGCUUCCAUCCAAGCUCCAGUUCCGACUCCAGCUCCAGUUCCAGCAGGUCCACCUGCCACCAGCAUCCAUCCAGGUGUAGCUGGUUGGCCCGCCCACCCCGGCUGGCCUUAUAACCCGGGACAGUCCGGGUGGCCUGGACAGAACCCAUCCCUCAUGCCUCAACACUGGCUGCCACCCACAUCUGGGCCUCUGAGUGUUCCAUACAACCUGAACCUGGCCAGAGGCGUCUAUGACAAGAUGAUGAUGACCAUCUUGGGCCAUGUGAAACCCAAUGCCAAAAUGUUUACUGUGAACUUCCUGAGAGGCAACGACAUCGCGUUCCACAUCAACCCUCGCUUCAGUGAAGGAGGUAAACAGGUGGUGGUCCGUAACCACAAACUGGGUGAACGCUGGGGCACCGAGGAGAGGGACCUGAAGGGGCCUUUCCCUUUUGCUCUCGGGAGCCCUUUUGAGAUGAAGGUCCUGUGCACCCCCGAGGCGUUCAGGGUGGCCGUGAACAACAUCCCGCUGUUUGAGUUCCGUCACCGCAUCAGAGAGCUCAACCAGAUCGACAGAAUCAACAUCCUGCACGACGUGGUCCUCACCUACAUCAACGUGGAGACUCUUCCUUAAGAAACACACUGAGUGAAUGCAUGAAUAAAAGUGUGUAGCAGAAAUACACACAGAAAUACACACCUCAUUUACAUGGAACUAAAACUGUCCAUUGCAUUGACCAUAAUGGAGCUCAAACUAACCCUUUAAUAUACAUAAGCUGCUGUUUUUCAGUGUGAACAUGCGACUGCUUUUGUAUUUAUUGUGUACAAUAUUUUCUAUAUUAUUAAAUCACGACUAACUGAGAAAAUUACCAACGUUGUCAGAAACAACAGUGAG